AUGGCGAUCCAGCGGGGCAGCCGGUCCCCAACGCCACACUGGGCUGUACACUCUGUCAUCUCCCUCUCUUUGGCCUCAGUCCUCCUGGGUUCUGAUCUCCUCACCCCUCUCCCCCUCUGCCCCUCUGCCUGUCUCUGGCUGCUCCUCUGCCUUUCACUGCUGCUCCACGGGACGUUUGUUCAGCUGUGUCUCUGCUACCAGUGCAUUCAUGCCGAGAUGAAGGGGACAGCUUACCCUUUUAAUCUGAGUUCUGGGCUGCACGUGAGUGAGGGAGAGACGGAGAGUGCCCCCUUCCCUCCCCACAGCAGAGAGGCACUUGGGAUGGGCACAAACAAGGGACAAAGGAUCAAUAUGAAGAGCCUUGAAGGAGACAAUUCUGGACAGAUGAUGUACCAUAUAAAAACUGUGCCACACUUUCUUCCGUCUGGACUAACCUGGCGCCCGCUGGUGGUGGAGGAGGAGGAGGGGGCUCUGACUGAGAUUUAUGCCCCAGACGAGAGCGCAGAGGUGGGCAGACCGCGAUCGCCCUCAGCCUGGGUUUUACUGGAGCUGAACAAUGGGUGA